AUGUUGAGGUCACAAGUGACUGGUAUGUUCUUAAAACAAUACUCACAUUGAUAUGACUGAAACUAGGCCAUAAAAGGACUAUUGUGAUUUAUUAAGUCUACAGGGGUUUUCUUUUGAAGCAGUGGUUUAGUCAGCUGAUUCUUAUUCAGAGUGCCGGUAACUAAUAAUGUUUUAUUUGGAAUAGACAAUUAGGGAGCUGAUUUGUACAGCAUAAAUAGAUGACAUUUAUAUGAUUAGAUUAUUGUUCCUUUACAUAUGUGCCCUUACUUUCUAACUCCCAUUUGUCUCCCCUGCCCCCAUCCCUCCCUCUCUGUCUCUCUCUGACAUCACUCAUUCUCUCCAUCCAUCCUUGAGAUAUGAUCGUUUGUGAACUGGAGUUGAUGAGUGCUGUUUUAAUGUGUUGAUGCUGGCACUAGUACUGACCCAAAGAGGUCUCUCUCACUUUUUCUCCCCAUCUCUCUCUCUCUGCAGCAUGUCAGGUGGGGUACUUUAAGUCGGUGUUGGGUUCGGUUCCGUGUUCAGUGUGUCCGUCUAACAGCAGAACCAGUCAGGAGGGAUCGCGUGUUUGUGAGUGUCGCAGCGGCUUCUACAGAGCACCCGCCGACAUCAACUCCUCCGCCUGCACAAGUGAGCUAUUUGUGUGUGUGUGUCCGGGGGGGAACUGAUGGCGCUGAUUUUCGGCAGUCUCGGCCACAUACACAGGCUUACAGUGGCCUCCAGAUUGCGGGCCUGAAAAAAAAUAGGGCAAAGCAAUUGGCUAGGUACUACUCUGUUUAAGCUGUCGUGGUCAGCCUAGCUGUUUGGAGAAGGAGGUGCUUUCUGUACCCUUGAGUGCCAUGCAUACAGGGACCUUUGAAAUGUUUUUUUGUGUGUGUGUUUGUGUUUGUGUGACACAGAUGAACUACAUGCACCAGCAGCAUUAUGGAACAAAUAGAUAUGUCUGAUUAAAAAGCUUUCACCUUUCUUGAGAAGAUGUAACAUAUAUAUUUUAGUAAUUUAGCCGAUGCUUUUAUCCAGAGCUAAGUAUCUACUUCAGCACAUAUAAUAUGUACAGUGCCUUCAGCAAGUAUUCAUACCCCAUGACUUAUUCCACAUUUUGUUGUGUUACAGCCUGAAUUCAAAAUGGAUACCAUUAAUUUUUUUCCCACCCAUCUAUACACAAUAUCCCAUAAUGACAAAGUGAAUUUGUGCAAAUGUAUUGAAAAUGAAAUACAGAAAUAUCCAAUUUACAUACAAUACCAGUCAAAAGUUUGGACACACCUACACAUUCAAGGGUUUUUCUUUAUUUUAACUAUUUUACACAUUUUGUAGAAUAAUAGUGUAGACAUCAAAACGAUUAAAUAACACAUAUGGAAUCAUGUAGUAAACAAAAAAGUGUUAACCAAAAUAUAUUUUAUAUUCUUCAAAGUAGCCACCCUUUGCCUUGAUGACAGCUUUGCACACUCUUGGCAUUCUCUCAACCAGCUUUACCUGGAAUGCUUUUCCAACAGUCUUGAAGGAGUCCCCAAACAUAACACUUUGUAUUCAGGACUUAAAGUAGAAUUUUUAGCAAUUUUACUUUAGUGACUUAUUGCAAACAGGAUGCAAGUUUUGGAAUAUUUGUAUUAUGUACAGGCUUCCUUCUUUUCACUCUGUCAUUUAGGUUAGUAUUAUGGAGAAAAUACAAUGUUGUUGAUCCAUCCUCAGUUUUCUCAAAUCACAGCCAUUAAACUCUGUAACUGUUUUAAAGUCACCAUUGGCCUCAUGGUGAAAUCCCUGAGCGGUUUCCUUCUUCUCUGGCAUCUGAGUUAGGAAGGACACCUGUAUCUUUGUAGUGACUGGGUGUAUUGAUACACCAUCCAAAGUGUAAUUAAUAACUUCACCAUGCACAAAGGGAUAUUCAAAGUCUGCUUUUUUUUUACCCAUCUACCAAUCGGUGCCCUUCUUUGCGAGGCAUUGGAAAACUUCCCUGGUCUUUGUGGUUGAAUCUGUGUUUGAAAUUCACUGCUCGACUAAGGGACCUUACAGAUAAUUGUAUGUGUGGGGUACAGAGAUGAGGUAGUCAUUCAGAAAUCAUGUUAAAAACUAUUAUUGCACACAGAGUGAGGACAACUUAUUAUGUGACUUGUUAAGCAAAGUUUUACUCCUGGACUUAUUUAGGCUAGCCAUAACAAAAGGGUUGAAUACUUAAUUUGUAAAAAUGUCUAAAGACAUAAUUCCACUUUGACAUUAUGGGGUAUUGUGUGUAGGCCACACAACAUCUCAAUUUAAACCAUAACACAACAAAAUGUGGAAAAGGUCAAGGGGUGUGAAUACUGAAUACUUCCUGAAUGCACUCAUCCCUCUCUACUUCUAUUACUUCUCUCUCUCUCUAAUUUGUCCUUUUCUUUCAUUCCCUCUUUCUCCCUCCCUUACUCUCUCUCCUUCCCUCCCUUCUUAUCAAUCUCUCUCUUCCUCUCUUCCUAGAUUAUAUUUAAAUGAUUUGAUUAUUGUUCACUAACAUAUAUUGUGCCCUUACUUUCUAACCCCCAUUUGUCUCCCCAGCCCCCAUCCCUCCCUCUCUGUCUCUCUCUGAUAUCGCUCAUUCUCUCUGUCCAUCCCUACGAUAUGAUCACGUGUGAACUGGAGUUGAUGAGUCCUGUUUUUAUGUGUUAAUGCUGGCACUAUUACUGACCCAAAGAGGUUCAAAAUGUUUAAUCUCCCCCCCCCCCCCCCCCCCCCACCCCCAGGCUCUCCCUCUGCUCCGACCUCUGUCUCCUGGGAGUAUGAGGGUGGUGACGGUGGGGUGUCUCUGCGCUGGCGCCCUCCAGUGGACAUGGGUGGUCGUAGCGAGGUGUCGUACGGGGUGAUGUGUAAGAUCUGUCCCUCGGCCACCUUCACCGCCCCGGGGGCGUGCUCUUGGUGUGGGGAGGCGGUCACCUUCACCCCAUCCCAGACUGGCAUCAAGCAGACCAAGGUCACCCUCAACAACCUGCUCACCAGAGUCACCUACCUUAUACAGGUAGGACUACAACUCCCAUGAGCACUAGAGUUACCUACCUCUUACAUAUAGAACUACAACGCCCAUGACCACUAGUCACCUGCCUCAUACAGGUAGGACUACAACUCCCAUGAGCACUAGAGUCACCUACCUCAUACAGGUAGGACUAGAACUCCCAUGAGCACUAGAGUUACCUAUAUCAUACAGGUAGAACUACAACUCCCCUGAUCACCUACCCCCUACAGAUACUACAUUUCCAUCACCUACCUCAUACAGGUAUAAAACUCCUGCAUUAGAGUCACCUACCUCAUAUAGAUACUGGAUUAAAUGUACAUCCAUUUAGUUAACCUAACAUUGUCCACUUUUUCCUGCUAUUGAUUGACAGGUACAAGCGGUCAAUGAUGUCUCAGUUCUAAGUCCUUUCCCACCUCAAUUCACCAGCAUCAAUUUCACUACGAGCCAAUCAGGUGAGAGCAUGAGUCAGGCUUAAAAGGCACUUCAGCCACUUUUCAACCUCAUAUUCAAUAUCUCCAGCACCAAACCAGUGUCUACAUAUGUGAAAACAGCGCGUUUCUAUGAUCUGUGGUUAAAAAGAUAAGAAGAAAGGUCCUAAAAAAAUGCUUCUCUGUAACAUCACAGUGUAGGAUUAAACAACACGUUUCUAGUCUUGCUCCCCACGUCACAGCGAAUCUCAUAGUGUUUGAAAAUCACAGUUUUUUUUGUUUUAACUUUUGAUGAUGUCAUCAGGUAUAACUCUUUAGCUUUAUAUUUUUACAAAACCUAGAAAUGCACCGUUUUCACAUAUGUAGACACUGGUAUUGUACUGGAGAUAAUGAAUAUGCGAUUGAAAAGUGGUGAAGUUGUUCUUUAAGGAGAGUGACAAGAGAGUAAAGGAAUAAACUCUCAGUUUGUCAUUUUUAUGUGGUGUGUGUGUGUGUGUGUGUACUUCAUGUCUGUCUGUCAGUCUACAUCAGUUUCAUUGAGUAUGGGUGAGUCUCUAUCUCUCUCUCUUUUCUGCUCUCCAUCUUUUCCGCUCCUGCUCUCUGGACUCGAUAUCCUGUCAGCUCACAUUAUGCUCAGAAGAGAGAUAUAGAGAGGGACGGAGAGAGAGAGAGUUUAUAGACAGACAGGCAAACAGACAGACAGUUUAUAGACAGACAGAAAGAAACGUGUAACUUUUUAUUGAGAUAAGUCUGGCAGGAAAGUCCAUACCACAGAUAGAACAAUGAGCCAGAUAUUUCAAUGGAUGUAUAAAUGUGAAGCAUCUGGUUGGCGUUUCCACUCACUACCAAAUAUGGUGAUGAGAGUAAGCCCAGUGGCCGACAUUCUGCUAAUUUUCUCAUCGAUUAAACAUUUAAUUUCAUACAGUUUUCUGUUUCCAAAACUAUAAUCUGUAACAAACAGCGUGGACUGUGUUUUGUAGACUUUACCCUUUGCCAAUGUUUCUAAAAAUUGCAUUGUUUAGGAGAGCAAGGACAAAUUGAGUUAUUGCACAUGGGCACUUCAAAGUAGGCAUUCCCAAACAGAAAUAUGCUAACUAGCUUAUGCUUAGCUCUGCCCACCUCCUUGCUUACUCUGCCUACUAUGAUUAAUUUGCUCCCAUUCUAAACGGAAGGCUCUGGUCUAUCUUGGGUUAGUUAGACAAAUCUUUGGCCAUACAGCACUUUACAGAGCUGGCUCAUUCACUAGUCUAUGUCAUGCUGCCCCCAACUGGUCAAUACAGAAAUUAUGUGAUCUGGCAAGGCCAGCUUGUGUUCUCCCUCCUGUUCCUCUUUCUUCCUCCCUCUUUCUUCGCAAAGCUCAUACAUCUCUCUCCCUGUCUCUCUCUCUCUCUCCCAGUGCCCUCUCCGGUCCCUAGCCUGCACCAGUUGAGUCGAGCCCCAGACUCCAUCACCCUGUCCUGGCCACAGCCCGACAGACCCAAUGGAGACAUACUGGAGUACCAGCUCAGAUACUACGACAAGGUAUACGCUACACACAUAUGCACGCACAUAGGCUUGUGCCUAUGUAUGUACACACAAGUACAUACACCCAGAGACUUAAUCAUUCUCUCCCUCCCUCCCUCCCUCCCUCCCUCCCUCCCUCCCUCCCUCCCUCCCUCCCUCCCUCCCUCCCUCCCUCCCUCUCUCCCAGGGUUCAGAUGAGGACAGUGCAGUGAGUGUGUUCAGUGAGACCAACACAGUGACUGUCAGCUCUCUGGCUUCUGGCUCCAUCUAUGCCUUCCAGAUCAGGGCCCGCAAUGAGAGGGGCUACGGCCCCUACAGUCAUACUAUCUAUUUCACUACACUGGCCCUGGGUAACUCACACUCACACAUACACACACUCACAUACACGCGCAGUCAAACACACCAUCUAAAUCUCGCUCUGUUUCUCACUUUUUCUUUCUCAGAGGAGCGUUCUAAGCAGAUCCAGAAUCGGCUCCCUCUAUUGGUCGGUUCUGUGAUGGGCGGGGCAGCCUUCCUCCUGGUCGUCGCGGCGAUAGUGGUCGUUUUUGUGUUCCGCAGGUGAGUGGGUCCUUAACUCCUAUCCACACAUACAUGAUGAUGUCACACUGAUCUCACACUCAGUCUCACACACACACACACACACACAGUGCAAUGUUCUGAAACACUGGUUCGUUGUGUCUUUUCUCAGUAAGAGGAGGGAGAGCCCCUACAGUGACAGACUCCAGAGGUACAUCAGCCACAAAGGUGAGUCAGGGUGUAUGAUGAGUAUUAUUAACUGAAUAUAACUUAGAGGGAACUGUCAUUCUGUCUGUAAUAUUCUCAGCUGCACAUACAGUAUAUCCUACUUCUAUGGUGUUGUUGACAUUUGGUGAAGAGGAUGCCUCUGCAGUGUGUUAUAGAGGAGAAUGGAAGUAGUGACCAUGUCUAAUGCCCAUUACCAUCAUAACCCCAAGGGCUUGAGGGAGAAAGAGGGGGAGAGGGGGAGAGGGGAGGGAAAGAAAGAGAAGAAGAGAGAAGAAGAGAGAAUGACAGCGUGAGAAAUCUGUAGAGAGACAGAGGGAAAAAGAGAUGGACAAUGAAAGGGAGAGAAAGAUGGGGAGAGGAAGAAAUACAUUUUCUGCUUGUCCAAACGCAGCAUGUUUUUGUUGAGGGUGCCAUUAUCCCUCUGGGCUCAGUGUUCUGCCAUCAUGCAGCAUGUCACACAGCAUGGCUUGACAUGUCAAAGUCUAGGGCCAACUACUGUACAUCAACACACUGUACAGGACUUAUAUUGUUAUUCUAUGUUAUUGUACUGGCUCACUACAAUCAUCUGGUUUCACUACAAACCAUCCCUGCUCUGUGUGUUACCUCUGUCAGGGGGGGUGAAGUACUACGUGGACCCUUCCACCUAUGAGGACCCCAGUGAGGCGGUCAAGGAGUUUGCCCGUGAGAUUGACCCCGCUCACAUCAAGAUAGAAGAGGUGAUUGGUGCAGGUAGGGGUCCUGGUUUGAUUCAUGCUUACAGAGAUAGUUCUGUAAAAAACAAAAAAAAAGCUUGUCUGGUGUUUUCAUAGCUCAUAUAUUGGGCCAGGAGUCAAGCUGGGUCCAAACUCAACUCAACUCAUAAUCAAUCAAUCAAUCUCUCUCUCUCUCUCUCUCUCUCCUCCGUAUCUCCCCCUAUCUCUCGUCUCUCUUCUCUAUAUCUCUCUCUUACUUUCAUCUCUCUCUAUCUUAUCUCUCUCUCUCUCUCCUUUCUCUCUCCUCUCUCUCUCUCGUUUCUCAUCUGUUUGUAUCUCUCUCUCUCUCUCUCUCUCUCUCUCCAGCCCAGUUUGGGGAGGUGUCUCGGGGGCGGUACCGGCCCCUGGGUCGUAGGGAGGUGUUAGUGGCAGUGAAGACGCUGCGCUGGGGCGUGACAGACAGAGAGAAGGCGGUGUUUAUGACCGAGGCGGGGGUGCUGGGACAGUUUGACCACCCCAACGUGCUGAAGCUGGAGGGGGUGGUCACCCGUAGCCCACCAGAGAGGAUCAUCACUGAGUUCAUGGAGAAUGGACCGCUGGAUGCCUUCCUCAGGGUGAGAACUACAACAUCUACACCAUGUUAGACCAAGAACUACAACUAUCGUCUACACUGUGUUAGACCAAUAACUACAACUCCCAUCUACACCAUUAUAGACCAAGAACUACAACUCCCAUCUACACCAGUUUAGACCAAGAACUACAACUCCCAUCUACACAGUAACUAACUCAGGGUGAGACUGAGAAAACAGUACAUUUUAUUACCAUAACUGACCAGAAUAUAUCCUCCACUCUUUCUCCCACCUCUCGCUCUCUAUCUCUCCAUCUCUCUCACCCCCAGGAGAAUGAGGACCAGUUCAGUGUUCUCCAGCUGGUAGGGAUGGUGAGGGGUGUUGGGGCUGGGAUGAGGUACCUCUCUGAGAGGAACUUUGUCCACCGGGACCUGGCUGCCAGGAACGUGCUAGUCAACUCUAACCUGGUCUGUAAGGUGUCUGACUUCGGCCUGUCGCGCCUCAUGAGGGGCCUGGACCACAACAUGCCCACCUACACUGCCUCACUGGUAUAUGCUGCUGGGAAAUUGAGUUUUGUUUAAUGAUGUUUAUUCUUGGAUUUCCACUCUAAUAGACUACUUAUGUUAAUAGAAGAUCUCAAAAUUCACAGUGCUCAACCACUCAUCUCUCUCUCUCCUCUCUCCUCUCAGGGCAGUAAGAUUCCUGUCAGGUGGACAGCCCCGGAGGCCUUCCAGCAUCGCAAGUUCAGCUCAGCUAGUGAUGUCUGGAGCUUCGGAGUGCUCAUGUGGGAAGUGAUGUCAUAUGGCGAGCGGCCAUACUGGGACAUGAGCAAUCAGGAAGUGAGUUGUGGGAGGGUUAAGCGAGAGCCAAACAGAGACUAAACACACUGACAGCUAAACAGAAUGUUUAAUCAUCUCUAAGUCCCUCUGUACUGCUGGGACCUCUCUAUAUAGGGCAGCUUGUUAACAUCCAGAUGGUUACUAAUACCCUUCCUCCUUCUCUCUCUCUCUCUCUCUCUCUCUUGCUCUCUCUCUUUCUUCUUGCUCUUCCUCCCUUCGCCUCUCUCUCCCCCUCUCCCUGCCUCUGUCCCCCUUCUUUCUCCCCUCCCCUACCUCCUCUCUCUUCCCUCCCUAUAAUACAGGUAAUGAAGGCUGUAGCGGACCAGUACCGUCUCCCAGCCCCCCAUAACUGUCCUCCAGCACUCCACUCCCUGAUGCUGCAGUGUUGGCAGGCUGACAGGGGCGACCGGCUAGGCUUCGACUCCCUCCUCUCCUCCCUGGACAGGCUCAUACGACACCCUGCCUCCCUCAAGGCAGAGCAUCCCCAGUGAGACUACACCUCCCAUCUGCCUUUUCUUCCAUAUUUUACACAACAGAAGUAAUGGAUCACAUUCACAAACAGUGAUCUUUGGAGAGCAUGUAUUAUGUUAUCAUGUAAAUGUAUUGAAUCAUUGCUAUGUUAGGCCAAUCAUUUUCGAUCUCGAUCUUUCCCUCUCCAACUCAAGCUCCACCCAGCCACUGCUGAGCCCCACCCCCACAGACCUGUCGUCGGUGGCGACGGUCAGUGAGUGGCUGACAGCGUUGAGGAUGGACAGGUAUAAGGACCAGUUUGAGAGGGCGCAUCUGGACACACUGGACAGAGUGAGCAGGCUAACCAUGGAGUGAGUCCUGGGCUUCCAUUUCAAUAUCAACAAAGUUAUUUUCAUAAAAUGCAAAUCAUGCUUUUAGAAGCAGUGGAUACUUUUCUGAACUCUCUCUCUCCUUCUCUCCUUCCCUCUCUCCCUCAGGGAUGUGCAGAACCUGGGGGUGAACCUGUUGGGACACCAGAGGAAGAUCACCAACGCAGCCCAGCAGCUCAGAACCCACCUCACCCAGGGCCAGGUGGAGGUCUAG